AUGCCAGCACAAAAUACUCAAAAGAAGGAUCUCUCAAAGAAGGUUGAAAAGAAACCAGAGAGUGAACCAAAGAAAGAAAAGAAAACUUUCACUGCUUUUGUUGCUAAAGUAAAAAGUAACAACAGUCUUGUCUUAUCAUCAAAGAAAGAUGAUAAAAAGAGUACCGUUGUAUUAGCAUAUGUUGAUCUUCCAAGAUAUGAUACCAAAGAGAAGAAAGAAGAAGCAUUUGCUUAUGAAUGCAACGAAAUAUUAAGAAAAAAAUUGGUCACUGGUAAAGAAGUUAAAUUUGAAAUUGUUUCAGAACAUGAAGGUAUUCCAAAAGCUGUAGUUCCAUUUGUUAAAAAAGAAAAUGUUGUAUGCACAUUAAUUGAGAAUGGAUAUGCUUCAUUAAAGAUUAAGGGAAAAGGAAAAGAAUUUAGUCAAUAUUUUGAUGCAGAACAAAAAGCAAAAGACUCACAUAAAGGUAUUUUCAAUGAUGACAUGACUAAGAUUGCCAAGAAGAGACCAGAAAAUAUAUUCUUUAAUGAAAAAGAAACUAGUGAAUUAAAAGGAAAGACUGUUCAAGGAUAUAUUAAGAGAGUUGAAGCACCAUCACAUUAUAUUAUUGAAGAUACUAAUAGAAGAAGAUUUAAAGUAGUAUUAUAUGGAGUUAAUCAAAUGCUUAGAUAUAACACUGAAAAGGAUAUGUUUGAUUUUGAUGAUGAUGCUAGGGAUGCUAUGAAAUAUAUUAAUAGAUAUUUCAAUCAAAGAGACGUUACAGUUAAAGUCAUUGAAACUUCUCAACGUGUUGCUUAUGCUGAACUUUCUGUUGAAAAGAAAGAUGUUGCAGAAGAAUUAUUAAGAUCAGGAUUUGUUGUAUGCAGUAAAUUAGAAAAUGCUACUGAAGAAAUUAAACAAAAAUAUCAAGCUGCUGAAAAAGAAGCUAAAAAAGAAAAGAAAGCAAGAUGGACUGAAUUUGAUCAAGCUGCAGAAGAUGCUAUUAUUGCUAAAAGACAACAAAAAUUAAAAGAACUUGAAGAUAGAAGAAAGAACGCUAAGAUAAUUUCAGGAGCUGAAAUUAUUUAUAUUGGAAAUCACAUCAAAGCUAAGAAAGGAAAUGAAGAAUAUAAUAUUCAUCUUGCAUCUGUUAGACCAGUAUUCAAAAAGAAUGAUAAAGAAUUUAAUGAUCUUGUCCAAUUCAGAAUUAAAGAAUGUCUUAGAAAACUUAUUGUUGGAAAGAAGUUUGAAGCUAAAGAAUGUUACAAAAGAAGUUUCACUAAAGAAGAUAAGACAUUUGAAGAAAUUUUCUAUGAUGUUUAUGCUUCUGGAAAGAAUGUUGCUAUUACAUUAAUUAAAGAAGGACUUGUUGUUUUAGAAAAAACACGUGAUGAAUUCUAUCAAUCAUUUGAUUAUAAAAUCCUUUCAGAAACACCAAAAGGAGAAUAUAAAGAAAAGGCUGUUACUCAAUAUCCAGCAGAAAAAAGAGAAUCAAUUAAAGAUGUUUUCCUUAAUAACAGUUUCAAUUGUAUUGUUGAAAGAGUUAUUAAUGUAUGCAAAUAUGUUAUUUAUAUUCCAGAAAAAGACUGUAGAAUGACAGUAGUUCUUUCACAUUGUAGAAUCCCAAGAGAUGAUGAAAAUGAAGAACUUAAGAAAUUCAAUGAAGAAUCAAAAGCAGCUGUUAGAGCUCUCUUUGGAUUAAAUGAAGUCACUGUUGAUUUUAGAGAAUUUUUCAAAGGAAACUUCUGUGUUGAUAUUCUUAGUAAGAAGUUUGAUCUUUGUGAUGUUGUUUUAAGCAAGGCAUAUGCUCAAUUCGCUGGAAGAGAUAUUCCAGAAAAUAUUGCAGAAAUGAAAGAAAAUCAAGAAGGUAUUUAUAAAUUUGCUGGAGCUAAAAAAGAAGGUGAAUCUAAACCAGUUAGACCAGUUAAAGUUGUUAAAGAAGUUCAUAGAGAAAUUAAGUUUGGUGAAGGAAAGAAUGUUUACAUUACUGGAUUUGAUGGAUCAAUGAUUUAUUAUUAUGAGAAGGCUGCUGAUGCUAAAUUCAUUGAUGAAUUAAGCAAUAAAUUAAAGAAAUGCAACAAAGGAUCAGUUGAACAAAAAGAUGGACAAAAAUGUGUUGUUGAAAUUAAAGGUGUUCAAUACAGAGCUAUUAUUACUAAAGCUGUUCCAACUGCUAAUGUUGUUAAAUGCAUUGAUACUGGUGCAGUUAUUGUUUGUGGUAAGAAUAAAUUAAAACCACUUAAAGAAGAAUUUGAAAAUAUUGAAGUUACAGUUAAGUCAAUUGCUCUUGCUGGUAUUAAGACACUUGUUAGAGGAAAAGAUGUUGAUUUUGAUGCUAUGAUUAGUGCUGUCUCUGCUUUCUUCAAUAAAGAAGCCACUAUGUUUGUUGCUACUAUUAAUGAUAAAGAAGUUGCUAAAGUUAUUGUUGGAGAUGUUUGCAUUAACACUAUGCUUAUUCAAGAAGGUCUUUCUACUCUUGAUAGAUUUUUCAAUGAUAGCAGUGAAUGGGGACGUGCUAUGACUAAUGCUCAAUCUGCUGCUAAAGACAAACAUCUUAAUGUCUGGAGAUACGGAGAAAUUGAAGAUGAAGAAGAAAAGGACAAGCAUUAA